AUAAGAUCCACGCAGGCCUCUCGCCUUUCUUUUCGCGGAAGACGCGGGCGCGGUAGCGUCGGGGCUGUAGCUCGCCGGCUCCUGUUCCUGACUCACCGCUGUUCUCUCUCGCCGAGGAACAAGUCGGUCAGGAAGCCGCUCCGCAGCCAUGGCUUUUAAAGAUACCGGAAAGACACCCGUGGAACCGGAGGUGGCGAUUCACCGAAUUCGAAUUACUCUAACCAGCCGCAACGUGAAAUCUUUGGAGAAGGUGUGUGCCGACUUGAUCAGAGGUGCAAAAGAUAAGAACCUCAAAGUUAAAGGACCUGUUCGCAUGCCUACCAAGACUCUCAGAAUCACUACAAGGAAAACUCCAUGUGGUGAAGGUUCUAAGACUUGGGAUCGUUUUCAGAUGAGGAUCCACAAGCGACUCAUUGACUUGCACAGUCCUUCUGAGAUUGUUAAACAGAUUACUUCCAUCAGCAUUGAACCAGGAGUUGAGGUUGAAGUCACCAUUGCAGAUGCUUAAGUCAGCCUUUUUAAUAAAGUGAUCAUCACUUGUUAAUCUUGUUGACUUUUAUUCAGAAUACUGGCAGAUAAUAGGAAUAUAGAGUUGUGCUG